CCACCAGACAGGAGUGUCCUGGAGAUGAAACCCUGUGCCACCUACGAGCUGUUAGUGGAUGGUGUCGGGCCAUGGGACUUCACUGGAGGUUUUGUUCCCUGUGAGCUGCUCCUUGUUGGAGAGGACGCCUACCCUGUGCUCCUGAGUGCUAAGAAACAGGUCCUGAUUGCUGUUUCACAGUAUGGGAAGGGCCGGAUGGUGGUCGUUUCCCAUGAAGGAAUCCUGAAGAGCCCCAAGUUCUCCCAGUUCCUCAAAAAUGCCAUGGAGUGGCUCAAGCCUUGCUCGGAUGCCCUGGUUGGGAUUCAUCCUCGGUUGGAUUCCCUGUCCCAGGUGCUGCUCGGGGCUGGCACCAGAGUGCAGGUGGGGGCAGAGCCCAGCCCAUCAAUGGGGGUGUUCUGUAUGGAUGCCUAUGACAGCUCCCAGGCCAAAGGCAUCGUGGACUUUGUCAAAGCAGGUGGAGGGCUUCUUGUUGGAGGGCAAGCCUGGUACUGGGCGAGUCAACACAGCAAGGAGAAGGUGCUGUUGGAAUUCCCUGGGAACCAGGUGACCAGCGUAGCUGGUGUGUACUUCACAGGAAACGCAGUGGAAAAAGGCAUCUUCAAAGUCGCCAAGAAGAUUCCCAAGAUCCCAUUAGUUGUCCCGCACCAGGCCAACCUGAGUCUUGAUGCUGAGUUUCUCCUGUGCGGGGUGUCGGAGCUGGAUUUGGUGACGGGAGGCAUCCCCUCCACCUUGCUGGUACACGGAGCCCUCUCCUUCCCGCUGUGCCUGGACCAUUCCCAGCGCUGCCUCUUGGCCGCCGCACGCUACGGCCGAGGCCGCGUGGUGGUGGCGACCCAUGAGAGCCAGCUGUCCUCCCCAAAGCUGGCCGGAUUCCUGCUCAACGCUGUGUCCUGGCUGGAUGCUGGGAGGAAGGGGCUGGUGGCGGUGGAUCCCAGCCUGAAGAAGCUGUGCAGCCUCCUGUCUCAGGCAGAGGUGAAGUCGCAGCUGUCACAGCUGACAGGUGACAUCAGCGUGUACUGCUGCACUUCUUACAGCGACAGGGACGCCGAGAGGAUCCACGCUUUCGUGGCGGAGGGAGGUGGCCUGCUGGUGGGGGGCCAGGCCUGGUACUGGGCUUCCCAGAACUCUGGCAAAGCCGCUGUGGCAAAAUAUCCUGGCAACAGGAUCCUGAACCGCUUUGGGCUGAGCAUCCUGGAGCGGAGCGGCCAGGCAGCCAAGUACGUGCCUGUGGGGCCGGGAGAGCACUACCACUUCCGCAGGGCUCUCCUGCUCUUCAGCACCCAGCUGCGGGAGCAUCAGGAGCUCACGGAGCCCCUGAAGGGCUGGCUGCACCCGCUGGCGCAGGAUUGCGCUGCCUUCCUGCACAUCCCAGCCCAUGACUGCCCUGCAUAUGCCUCGCUCCACCGCAUUCUGACCAAAGUGCUCAAGAGGACUGGGAUCCCACAGGUCAGCAGGCACUGCCCAGUCAAGAGCAACUCCAAGGAGGCAGUGCUUCUCUGCAUGGCGACUGAGCUGUCCCUCACCAUGACAGACAGCGCGGCCCUGGUGCAGAAAUCUUCUGCUGCGGUCUGUGCCCUCCCUGUCACUGUGGAAAUCGAUGGCACAAACCCAGGUAAGGCAGCCUGGAGGAGCACAGGGCUCUACCUCCCCGAAGGGCACACAGCAGUAAUAACGUGCCCUUGCCUGGUGGUCGGUUCUGGUCUGAAGGUGCAGGUUGGGUGUCACACGGAUGACCUCUCCAAAGCCAAGGAGCUGAAACGGGCACCAGUGGUAAUACGCACCUGUGAUGUUGCCUGCCAGAAACAAUCCAUUUCCUGCCUCUGGGGUGGCCUCAUUUACAUCGUAGUACCAGCAAAGAGUGUCCUGGGGAACGUGCCCAUCACAGUGGAAGGGGCAGUCAGAGCUCCUUUCUUCAAGCUUGGGGAGACCUGUGAAAAGCAGUGGGAGGCCUGUAUCCGGCACUACCCUGCUCCCUGGGCAGAGCUGGCUGUUGAGAAUCUCAUCCUGACAGUGCCUUCUGACAGCAUCCGCCACAUGGAGAACCCACGGCCGCUGCUGACCCUGUGGAACGAGAUCAUGGUGGCGAUAAGCAAGCUGGCAGCCAUACCAGCAAAAUUCCCAAGGCCAGAGAGGAUUGUAACAGAUGUCCAGAUCUCAUGUGGCUGGAUGCAUGCUGGCUACCCCAUCAUGGGCCACCUGGAUUCAGUGAAGGAGAUGUUAGACGUGAACCACAUGCAAACCACUGGUCUUUGGGGUCCCAUCCACGAGCUGGGUCACAAUCAACAGCAGCAGGCAUGGGAGUUUCCCCCUCACACCACAGAGGCCACAUGCAACCUCUGGUCUGUCUAUGUUCAUGAGGAAGUGCUGGGCAUUCCCAGGCAUCAGGCCCAUCAGGCACUCGGGCCACAGUGCCGGAAGGAAAGGAUAAAAGAGUAUCUGAAGAAAGGUGCUCAGCUAAAGGACUGGAACGUGUGGACUGCUCUGGAGACGUACCUGCAGUUGCAGGAAGGGUUUGGUUGGGACCCCUUCACCCACCUGUUCUCUGACUACCAGAAAAUGUCCACGAUCCCAAAAGACAACACUUCUAAGAUGAACCUGUGGGCACAGAAGUUUUCUCAGCAGGUGAAUAAGAAUCUGGCUCCAUUCUUUACAGCCUGGGGAUGGCCUAUCAAGAAAGAGCUGUCUGUGGAGCUGUCCUCUCUACCCAGCUGGGAACAGGAUCCAAUGAGAUCCUAUAGACCAUAA